AUGCAUGCGCCAUUUGAGUAUACGAUAGCAACAAUUUAUUCAAUGUGCCUUUUCAGUCAAGAAAGUCCGAAAUGUGAAGUAAUUGAUGUAAAAGUAGCUGAUAAAAAAAUUGUUUUUGAUAUUGAAAAUGGUGAUUGGAAUACAGUUGCUGCUAAAAGUUUUGGUGAAACAAUUUUGAGUAGCAAUGUACAAAAAAUUCGAAAACAAAAUGAAUUAUUACAAGAAGAAAACAAUUUGUUAAAACUUAAAGUUGAAAUUUUAUUAAGUCGUCUUGCUGAAUCUAUUGCUGAAAAAUCAUCAACUCAACAUUAG